AUGAAGGCGUUCAUACAAGUAUACCUUGCCGUGUACGCUACAUACGCUUAUGCAACACCUUUCAGCCAUAACGAGCGUGGCACACCACUGGACAUUGUACUCACUGCUUCUGGAAACACUGAAGUCAAAAUUACAAUCACCAACAAUGGCGAUAGAACUCUGAAUCUCCUCAAUAAAGGCACAUUUUUAGACGAGGAUACUUCUGUUGAAAAAGUAACUAUUUACUCACCCGGUGGUGCCAAUAAAUUACCUUUCGAAGGUAUCAAGUUGCAGCUUCUAACCUCCGGAUUGAAACCCAACAACUUUUUACGGCUCGCUACUGGCGAAACAAGAGAGCUCACUACCGAAAUGGCCGCAGUUCAUUCACUUGAAGCAGGUGGUGCCGUCGAAGUCUUUGCCGAAGGCCUUCUUCCGUUUGCCGAAGACGAUUCGACUGAGCUUGUGGGCGCAUUACCAUAUCAUUCCAACAAGCUUUCAAUGAAUAUCGAUGGUUCAAAGGCAGCGUCCGUUCCAAAGGCAAUUAUCAAGCGAACAGUCGUCGGAUCUAACUGCAGUGGAAGUAAAUUAAGUAGCAUUAGGACGGCACUCUCCAAUUGUCAGAAGCUUGCCUCAGCUGCCGCUUCAGCGGCUUCUGCGGGGACUAAGCUGGACACCUAUUUCAAGUCGACAUCUUCUAGCACCAAGAGUACCGUGAGCGCCCGGUUGCGGGCCGUUGCUGCUGAUUGUGGAGGAUCCGGAAGUGCCACUUCGACUAAUUGCAAUGAUCCUUAUUCAGCCUGCUCCUCGAACGUUCUCGCAUACACGGUACCGUCGCAAGAUUUUAUUACUUAUUGUCCUCUUUUCUUCAACGAGCUCCCAGAUCUGGCCUCUCAGUGCCAUGGCCAGGACAAGGCCACAACAGUCCUUCACGAGGAAACACAUGCGCCUGGCGUAUACAGUCCAGGAACCGACGACUUAGCAUAUGGCUUUGCAGCUGCCUCACGCCUUUCUGCAAGUCAGGCUUUGAAUAACGCUGACUCCUAUGCUCUUUACGCCAACGCAAUAAAUCUCAACUGUUAGCUCAAGAUAAUGUCACUCUAUGGACUUGCUUCCGCAUGGAAAUGGACCACCUGAUCUGCGCAUAAGUAGGAGCAUGACUGGUAGCUCUCGUG